GGCGUGGGGAGCGGCGGAGCCAUGGGCCGGGUGCCGGGAUGGGGACAAGGACCGGGAAAAGGAUCGGGAAAAGGAUCGGGAAAGGGAUCGGGAAAGGGAUCGGGACGGGGACCGGCCGCCCCGCGCCGCGGCAGGAAGGAGCGGAAAGCGGACAACAUGAAACCCAAACACCCCGAUGAGCAGGAGAUCCCCUUCCGCCUGCGGGAGCUCAUCAAGAGCCGGGAGGCCAUGAAGCGCCCAGACCCCGGGAAGAAGCGGGCGGCAGAGAAGAAGCAGCAGCCCAAGGCGAAGAGCCCCGUGGCCCAAGGAGACAUCCCCGUGCCCAAAUUCAGGAGGGGGAAGGGGGAAUCGGAGCGCUCCUACGUCUGCCGCAUGGAGCAGGAGGUGCAGCGAGUCCUCUUCCUCGCCAACAACCAGCUGCAGAGGGAGCCUGAGAAAAAGACGCCCGAGAAAUCCAAGAGAAAGAAAGAGUUUCAGAAUAAGAAGCUGGAAAAAGCUCGGAGGAAGAAGGAGGAGAAGAAAGAGGCCAUGCUGGAGAAGAGCCUGUUCCAAGACGCCGUGGCGUUCGGCGAAGUGGUUACGCAGCCGCCCACCAUCACCUCACGGCCCAGGGGCUGGGGCCCUGCUGAGCAGGCUGGACGGAAGCGGCUCCUCUUGACGUCUCGCCUGGAUCAGAACCAGGCGUCCCCCGCCGUGUCCCCGGCAGCGCCGGUGUCGAUGGCUCGCCGGCGCAUCGUGGAGGAGGAGAGAGCGCGCGUCGUCCAGGCUUACAGGGACAUCCAGAGGCGCAAACAGCAGCAGCGGGAGGUGGCGCGGGGCAGCGCCCAGGCUGGACGCGGGGUCCCCCGCUGAGCCCAGCUUGGGGGGAGCUGAGCUUCCCUGGUCCCAAAGAGGGGUGUGCAGGCAGCACGGGACCCCAGGACUCGAAGGGGAUGGUUGUCCUGAGGCUGCUCUUCCACUGCUGAGCCCUGGGGCUCCCCACAGCCCCUCAGCUCGGGGCACCCCAUAGACCCGGCGCCGGAGCUGGGACCCCUGCGGUGCCACGGACCUGUGUUUUUUUUUUUUUUUUAUCUUUUUUUUUUAAUUUAUUUUUUUUGUAGUAAAAGAGCUGUUGAAUGUC